AUGUCUUCGCCCAUUCCUCAGCCCCCAGGGCUUCCUAUUCUCGGGAAUAUCCGCGACCUCGAUCCCAGCAACGUAUGGGGUUCUUUGAACAAGCUAGCUGCGCAAUACCGCCCCAUUUUCAAGGUCAAGAUUCUGGGAAACCAGCUCGUCUUCGUCACAAGCGCCAAGCUCCUCGAGGAAAUUUGCGAUGAGACGCGUUUCCAAAAAUGCGUUAAAGGCCCGAUCGUCGAGGUCCGCCAGCUCGUCCACGACAGUCUUUUCACCGCGUACGCCCAUGAAGAAAGCUGGGGCAUCGCGCAUCGUAUCAUGCACCCCCUGGUGACCCCCCAAGCUGUCGAGCGGGAGUGUGGCGGCAUGCAGGAGACUGUGGUUGAGUUGAUCAAGAAAUGGACUGGCGGCGAUGGCACCAAGCAGCGCGUCAACGUCUCCAAUGACCUGGACCGACUCAACCACGCUGCCAACAUGCUUUGCUUCUUCAACCAGCGCGUUGACUGCAUCAACGGAGCCGAGCCUGCUGUGAUCAAGGCCAUGUCAGACACAACCUUUGAGUCUGUUCGUCGUCCCAACCGACUUCGUCUCGUCAACUGGCUCUUCUACAACCGCAGUUUCGACAAGAACAUCCGCAUCUGCCGUGACUACUGUGCCGACGUCAUCGCCCACCGUCGCGCCAACCCCACCGACAAGAAGGACAUGCUCCACGCAUUGCUCCACGGCAAGGACCCCGAGACCGGCGAGUCCCUCCCAGACAGCCGAGUCAUCGACGAGAUCAUCAACAUCUUCAUCGGCAGUGCCACUGCCCCCAACCUCCUCACCUUUGCCAUCUACUACCUCGCCAAGAACCCUCAAGAGAUCACCCGCGCCCGCGAGGAGCUCGACUCCGUCGUCGGUGGCCCCACCACCCCAAUUGAAUACUCUCACCUCUCCCAAUUACCCUACUGCGAGGCCAUCCUCCGCGAAUCCUUCCGUCUCUCCGCCACCGCUCCGGGUUUCAACAUCGAGCCCCUCCCCUCCACCGAAGGCCCCGUUCUCCUCGGCGGCGGCGAAUACGAGAUCCCCGCAAAACAGGCCAUGAUCGCCAUCCUGUCCGCCGUCAACCGCGAUCCCGAAGUCUUCGAGGACCCCGAAGCCUUCAAGCCCGAGCGCAUGGUUGGCGAGAAGUUCGACGCCCUCCCCAAGGGUGUCAAGAAGGGCUUCGGUAACGGCAAGCGUGAGUGCUUCGGCAAGCAGUACGCCUGGGACUGGUCAUUCCACACCCUGGCCACUCUCAUCAAGGAUGUGGACUUUGAGUUGGCCGACAAGAACUACACUUUCAGCAUGGAGGGAGACAACUACAACGGUGCUUUCAGCACGAAGCCUCUGAACAUGUUUGCUGUCACCAAGAGGAGGGAGGUUGCUGCUUAA